CACUUAUCUUUGUUGGAUUAUUGGAUCCAGGUGUACUACUUCACUUCGCGCCCCUCCCUCUUCCCUUGUCUUUUCCCCCUCCUCCAUGGCAACCUGGGUAUGCACUUGAUCGGGAGAGGGGGGGACCUGGCAGACGAUUGUUUGUACAGCGUGGCCUUGCCUGGUGUUGUUGUGUUUGCGGAUCCAGCGAUACGCUCGGGUAAACCAAAAAAUUCACAUCUGGAAGAGCCUAGUGAUGAGGUGAUGGGUGGAUUUUUGGGGGAGAGGGGGGCUCCGUCGGUGAUAGUGAUGAGGGUUAGUAGGAGACGAUCGGAGACGAAGACCCGACCAGCUCAGUCGGAGAAUAGAUAUUACUACUGUAGGCUACUGCUAGGGAGUACCAGAGUAGUAGGAGUAAGUUGGAUCGAGGGGAGAAAGACAGGAACGAACGGGGAGGGCUUCGAGAAGAAAGUUGGGCUGUGCGUCUGCAGUAGUGGAUGCCGUGAGAUGAAUCGAGUAGUGCUCCAGCCUGCUUGCUGUAAAUUUGAAGAAAUCAAGGCGUUAUCCGAGGCGAUAGCGAUUAUUGUAGAGUUUACAACUCGGUUCCCGGUUAUUUCCUAACGGAUGACUGUUUUGAGUUCCUUAGGAGGAUUGAUUCCCGAUCGGAGUCCUUCUCCCCCAAUAUCUAACUGUCUCCCAACGGGAAUAUACUACUAAGUUAGUUACCAAGUGACUCU